UGCUUUCGUAUACGUAAAGGUUAGAAAACUUCGUGAUAGUUACAUUUUUUUAAACUGGUCUGCAUAAAAUAAGUGAUCGAAAAAAAUAAAUCAUUGUGGUGAAAAUAUUGAAAAUCCAACUAAAUAAAACGUUCAAAACUGUCAACAGGCCAAGUGACUUUUAGGACGCAAUGGCACUUCUGAUCCUCUUUUUAUCGUACAAGAGGAGGAAGUUACUGUAUAAAGCUGUUACAGGUCUGAGCGGACUUUCUGGCGCUCUGGCCGCACUCUUGCUUCUGGCUACCCUGUAUUCCUUCCUCCGACAUUCCUUUAUCCUGAGUGUCCUGCACAUCACGCUGUUCGACAAGCUCUACUAUAACCUGACCCUCCUGGGAGUUUUACUCCUGAUGCUGGCCGCCUCAUGCUGGAAGCUCAACAGAAAUACUACAUUUCAACCUCUCCACCAAACACUUCGGAGAUCACACAUAGUGUGGUGCUUAUUGAUGGUACUAUCGUUGGUAUAUGUGAUCAUCCAGAAACCACUUCUGCACUACCUGGUCUAUUCUGUUACAGCCAACCACUUCGGAGAUCACACAUAGUGUGGUGCUUAUUGAUGGUACUAUCGUUGGUGUAUGUGAUCAUCCAGAAACCACUUCUGC